UCCAGCUAGAGCUAGCUCAAGAAAAUGGUUCUUCAAUUGAAUCAGCUCCUAUGCUCUUUUGAGUCUCUUAAAAUUAGGCAACAUGCUUUUGCUUUUCCACCGUUAAUGUCGUCCAAACAGCUUAUUAGAUCUCCAAAGUUCUUCAUGAUGACCUCCACUCUUCAACCUCAUGCGAAUAAUAGUAGAGAGGCGGAGACUAAUUCGAAAAAGUCUUCAAAAAUUUGUCCUAAAAGAACUACUAGUACCAGAAGCAACUGCUUGCUGAUGCCACCCGAGAAGGCUGAGAUAUUCAAGUCAAUGGAAGAUUGGGCCACAAGUAACCUCUUGCCUCUUCUGAAGCCAGCUAAGGAGUGUUGGCAGCCACAAGAUUUCUUACCCGAUCCAACCUCGGAGGGAUUCCAUGAUCAACUCAGAGAAAUCAGGGCAAGGACGGAGCAAAUCCCCGACGAAUACUUCGCCGUUCUAGUCGGCGACAUGGUCACUGAAGAAGCCCUUCCUACUUAUCAGUCACGUCUUAAUGGAACUCAUGUAUUUCAUGACCAAACAGGCGCAGAUCAAACUCCAUGGGCUAUUUGGGGAAGAGGAUGGAGUGCUGAGGAAAACAGGCAUGGAGAUCUUCUCAACAAAUAUCUUUAUCUCUCCGGUCGAGUUGACAUGAAACAAGUCGAGACCACAAUUCAAUAUCUCAUUGGUGCAGGAAUGGAGAUCGGGACUGGAAACAACCCGUAUCUGUGGGCCAUAUACACAUCAUUUCAGGAAAGAGCAACAGCAAUCUCUCAUGGAAACACAGCCAAACUUGCGAGGCAACAUGGGGACAUAAAGCUUGCCCAAAUAUGUGGCAUAAUUGCUUCUGAUGAAAAACGACAUGAAAGUGCAUAUACCAAAAUAGCUGAGAAGAUAUUUGAGCUUGAUCCAAACGACAUGGUUGUGGCCUUCGCAGACAUGAUGAGAAGGAAAAUCUCAAUGCCUGCUCAUUUUAUGUACGACGGUUGUGACGAUAACCUUUUCCAACACUUCUCUAAUGUUGCCUCUCGCAUUGGUGUCUACACAGCCACCGAUUACAGACAAAUCUUGGAACAUUUGGUGGCCAAAUGGAAUGUCGAGAAGCUUACUGGGCUUUCAAGUGAUGGGCGAGAAGCCAGAGAUUAUGUCUGUGGGCUAGCCCAGAGGAUUAAAAGGCUAGAAGAGAGAGCCCAAUCCAAGACCCAAGAAGUAACGCCCAUUUCUUUUAGCUGGAUUUUUGGUAGACAAGUAUGAUUUUGUCUGGAAGUAAAAGUCUGGUCUUUUGUUUUCUUGGGCAAUACAUGGUCGAUGUUGAAGUUCAAAAUUCCAAUAUAUUUUAAGAGCUUUUUUUU